UAUCGGCCAAAUCAUGCGCUGUCUAAUAGGUUAUACUUUGUUUUUGACAAUUUUGAAAUUGAGUCAAUCGGGAUGCCCUUAUUCCGAUAUGAUGGCUGCUGCAAGCACAAGUGCAGCUAGUGGGGCAGUUGCAUCUAGCGGAAAUGGCGGAUAUCCCAUGCCAAUGAUGGAUUCCGUUUACGGCCCACAUCCCGAAGGCUAUGAUGGUGACCACGGUUAUCCUCAUCAUGGCGAUGAAUAUUCCGAUCACUCCAGAAAUAGCAUUUUCCGUUCUUUUGAGGGAACAGCUAAAAUGGAAUGUGCUGUUCCUCCCAUGACUUGUGGCAAUGACUCGUCCCUAAUUUAUUAUCGUUCCUUCGAUGGCUCCUGCAACAAUCUGGCCCAUCCCGGUUACGGUAUGGCAAAUUCCAGAUAUGGCCGUCUUUUGAAACCACGUUAUGGUGAUGGCAAAUACACCCCCACCAAAUCUGUUACCGGAGCUGCUUUGCCCAAUGCCCGCGUUCUUUCGUUGUCUUUGUUUGGUGAGAUGACCCGUCCCGAUUAUGGUCGCACCAUGAUGACAAUGCAAUGGGGUCAACUUGUUGGUCACGACAUGGGUCAAUUAAUGCAGCCCGAUCAGGAUGACUGCUGUGAAAAUCCCGAUAGCAAAUUCUGCUAUAACAUUCCAUUGCACGUCUAUGGCCCCAUUACCUUAGGUACAGGUAAAACUUGUCAGAGUUUUACGCGUGCUGUAAGUGAUGUGGAUAUCUCUUGCCCCUACAGCACCUUGGGCUAUGCCGAAAAACUCUCCCGACAGACCUCAUUCUUGGACAUGGGAUCCAUGUACGGCAAUUCUCUAGAGCAAAGCAUUAAAGUGCGCUCAUAUCAAGGUGGUCUCUUGAAAACCGUUUGGAAUGGUAAUCAAGAAUUAUGUCCAGUCAUAACCAACGAGCAAGGAGAAUGCUCAAAUGAAGUGGGAAGUUGCUUUGCCGUUCCAGAUGCCCGUAAUCAAUUCACUCCUUCAGCUAUUGCCGCACACACUCUGUUUGUUCGUGAACACAAUCGUUUGGCCAAAAUUUUGGCUAAAUUGAAUCCCCACUUCUCGGAUGAGAAACUCUUCCAAGUUGCUAGAAAAAUCAACGUUGCCCAAUACCAGAAAAUCUCCUAUUACGAAUGGUUGCCACUGCUUUUGGGUUCCUCCCAUUGCUACGAAAAUCACCUGACCCACAAUGUAGGAUCAUACGAUUAUGUGAAUGACUAUAACGAAAACUGGCAUCCUGCUACAUAUGCUGAUUCUGCCAUAGGCGCUCUACGUUACGGACACACCACUGUGCCCGGUUGGUUCACACUGUUCGCUGCUGAUCGUUACCACAAUCAAUCCCUGCGUCUUUCAGACUACUUCCAAAGAGAAGAAACCGUUCAAUUCUUCCAGAAUAGUAACUCUUUCGAUCCUCUGGUAAGAGGCUUGGUAACACAAAUGGAAAAACGUGCCGAUGGCAACGUCGAUAAGGAACUUAAACAUUACUUGAAUCGUCAAAAUGUCGAUGAAUUUGGUGUUGAUUUGAAAGCCAUUGACAUUCAACGUGGACGUGACUUUGGUCUUCCCAGCUACAACGAUUACAGAGAAUUUUGUGGUCUUCCCCGAGCUUAUCAUUGGUCUGAUUUUGCUCAUACUAUGGAUCCCCAGAAAAUUGCCUUGCUUCAGAAAUUCUACGCUUCCCCCAAUGAUGUGGAUCUGAAUGUUGGUGGUGCUUUGGAACAUCAUGUUGGCGAUUCCUUGUUUGGACCCACAUUCCAAUGCUUGGUUACCAAACAAUUCCAAACUGCUCGUAAAUCUGAUCGUUUCUUCUUUGAGCAUAAUAACAUGAAUGCCGGAUUUACACCAGAACAAUUGGCCGAAAUCCGUAAGGUUACUUUGUCCAGCGUUGUUUGCGCUAAUUCUGGCUUAAAACAAAUCCAACCAAAUGCUUUCCGUUAUCCCAACGAAGAAAAUAAUUUGGUUUCUUGCCAGUCCAUUCCUCAGAUGAACCUAAAAGUGUGGCAAGAGCAUGGUGGAUAUUAAUCCAAACAACAUUUUCAUUUAUAAAAAACAAGAAACAAAUAUUUCAUCACUUUCACUUGUUAUGUUAAAAGAAUUUUAUACUUUUUUAUAUCUCUAUAUAUUAAAUAAUUUUUGUAUUUUUUUGUAAUAAAUAA